GAUAAGAGAAAGGGUGGUGCCACCUGUAGAGUGGUAAACAAGGAAUGGUGGCUGUGUGCUUUUCGGCUAUGAACAUGGAGACCAUCCAAAAGUGUGCCUUCCUGCUCUGGGUCCUUAUGUUUGCUUUAGCAAGAUCGGAGAAUGAGAUAAUGACACUCAGAAGUACAGAGUCAGUGAGCCCUCAGUGCCAUGAGCACACCUCCUUGUCCUGCAACAUCACCUCCCAGGAUGAGCCCACCAUCUUCCUGUUUGCCUGGUUUGCUCCCAAUAAGACAGCUCUGUGUGAGCUAAAGGAGGGGCACCUCAGCACCCAUAACGGAGUGAACUGUGUCGUCAAAGGUCAACAACUGGUCCUGACCAUUCGUCACACAAAACCAAUCCACCAGGGGCAGUAUGUCUGUAAGCUGCGCUCCAAUUUAGGAGUAAAGAGUGCAUUCACACACUUGAAAUUACAAGUGUGCCACCACAGUCUCCAUGUCCACAGCCGUGAUGGAAACUCGACGUGCCGCGCCAGAGGCGUCUACCCAGAGGCCCACAUCCACUGGUUCCAGGGGUCCAAGAACCUGACCGACUCCUCAGUGGCCCACCCCAGCGUACGGGACGAGGACGGCACCUAUGAGAUCACCAGCACGCUUCUCCACCGACCCCACUCCACUCUGAACUGCUCCCUGUGGAGGCCGAGCUCUGGGAGAUACCUCAGCAGCACAAGGACGCGUGAAGAGAUGACGCCUCCAGAGGGAGUCAGAGGGAGCUCCAGCAGUUAUGGAGGCACCAGGACGACUGUGGCCCUUUUUGCAGCAGCACUCAUUCUGUUGUGAAAACUGUAUGCACUGUGCAUUAAAGCGGCAGUUGGCAAGAUUUUUUAAUCAUAUUCACUGAAACCAAACACUAUGCUCCGACAGAACAACAUAAAUCAGCCGGUUUUAGAAAAAAAAACUGCACUUCUACCUCCACCUAGAGCCUGUUAUUUGUUUUGCAAAAAUCCACACUCAAUCACAGUCUGGUGCGCACUGACAAGUACAAAUUUUAUGAGCGGGUGCUCGGUAGUGGGGGAGGGGCAUGAGAGUUGUAAACAUUCAAAAUUUUGGCUGUCCCCUCAAUCUGUCAGACUUGCCAACUGCAGCUUUAAAUGACUUAGGGUUCUGAUGUCUAGGAAAGUAAGUACUAAGUAGCAUGUGACAUUAUGAACUGCUACCAAGUCUGUUCUCAUACUGUCUCAAGAGACCAAGAACCGCUCUCAGCUCUUAUCUGUAUGCUGUACGCAGUAUCUCAAGGGAAGUAAGAGAUUACUGGAGUUGGUCCUGGGGAUUUGAAGUUGAAGUUUUCUUUUUUACUGUACAACACUGACCCCUGCUGUUCAUAAAGUGUACAUGUAUUUUGAUAAAACAUAAUUUCUGAUUUA